UCCCCUGCCGCCAGCAAUCCCCCCGAUUCGUCGGGUCUCGCAUUCUGUUUUGGUGGAGCCUCCAAAAUGGAUUUCAUCACUUCGACGGAACACUGAAAAAAUACGAUUAUUCGCUUGAUUUUUUUCCAUGCAAAUAUUUAACAGAAGAUUUUUGAAUCCUAGGGAAGUAUUCAAUUCAAUAUUUCUCUUUCAAAUUAUUAUUGACUUUGAUUUCAAACUCGCUAUACAAAUAGACUUUGCAUAGAGAGUUUUAUUACGUGGCCAUUAAACGCCAGAACUCGGGUAUCGAUUUAUCUUCAAUUUUUUACCCUCAGAUUUUUCUGAGACUUGCCGAAAAUGAUUAUUUAAGGUUCUAUAGUUCCGGGGAGAUGAUUUUCGAGAAAAUUUUUAUUAAAAUGGCCGAAUUUUCCGUUUUCGAGGCCAUGAGCCAAGUAGCUGUGAUUGCGAUUACCAUCGAAUCCACCUCGUCUAUUCGCAUUUGCUCACCUUUAUCGAAUUCAUUCAACUCAUCUGUGGCUGUAAGACGAUGGGAGUUCAAAUGGAUCCUGUGCCUGAAGAUUAUAAUGUUAGACCAUGCAUUCCAAUAAGAUGAACUAACUUUCCUUCCGUUGUUGCAAUGUGCGGACAAAAAGGACAAAUUGUAGAAGGAGCUGCUGUGAAGGUGACGACGAAAACGAAGAAGUUCAACGUGAGUAUCGUCCAGCAGAAAAUUCAUCUUCAAACAACGAAGAUACGAAAUCGUCAAAGAAAAUGUAGAGGAAUCAAGUUCGGCUGCUGCAGAACCGCACGACUCAACAAUUUUCGAUGUGGGUAAUUUAAUGAGUGGCUUCGACGACGAUGAUGACGACUAUGCACCACCGCCAGACCCAUGGAAAAGAAGUAUUCGUGUGGAUCCAGUACUUUUCCAAGCCGACGUCCCGCUUUUUAAUGAAGCAACGGUUGAAGAAUCUGCUCGAGAAGAUGACACUAUUUUAUGGACAAUUGAUCAGACGAAUCAGCCAAGUGAUGAAGUUAUUGACAACUAUCUCAAAGAUGUAGUAGGCUUACGAAAAGCCCACGACCAACCAUGUCCACCAGCUGGCACCGAAUCACGAGACGACGAGGACGCUCUAUGUGCUUUGUAUAGAAGCAACUUUGACACAGAAAAGGCGAAAGAAUCAUUCCCUUUUCCUCAUAUAAAUGCCCCAUUCCGCACUGUUCGCUCAGAUGCAUUGGGAUUCGAUGAGAGUGAAGCAAAGGCAUUUGAAGAGUCACUCGAGCUGUAUGGAAAAGAUUUUUCGCUGAUAAGGAGACUACGGCUACCCUACCGGAAAGUUGGAGAACUUAUCGAAUACUACUAUCAAUGGAAAUUAACCCCUGGCUAUCGAGUUUGGCGGGACGCUCAUCCACAGCAUGCGCCAGUAGUUCAGCCUCAUUUAUCUGCUGCAUGGCAUCAGCAAGCAGCUCAACUGGAAGAUCAAAAUGGUCAAACUGGAUUUGUUGAAGCCUCCUUCUCCGAGCCAUCUACUUCAGAGGAGCCAUCAACUCUUACGAACUAAAACUAGGGAACUAUUUUUUUACUUUUUCACCUAAGCAUUUAUUAUUUUCGAUCUCUGUUUAACAAAUAAUCUCGCCCCUGAUACCCAUUUACGUAAUCACAACAAUCAAAUUCCUUCGUUGUCAAAUUAAUCUGAAUCAAAUAUUCACUUUCAUAAAAUUUCAUUGUUAAAA